CUUGUCAAAACAAUCACAAAACUUUGUAGUUUAUUUGUCCAUCCAUUUUUAAUUAAUUAACUAUUUAUUUAAAAUAUCAUUUGUUUUGGUGUUUGUUUAGACUGUUUAGAAAUUGAAAAUAAUGGAUUUAUUAGGGUCUAUAAUGAACUCAAUGGAUAAACCACCGUCCCGCACUGAAAAGGAACGAGAAAUGCUUAAAAAAAAAAAAGAAGCAAUAGAACAAAGACAAAAAGAAGACAAAGAGCGAUUGAAAAGAUUCAAAGAAAGAGUCGAGGGAAAAUUGAUUAGCCAUUUUAACGAUUCAAAAAACACCACACUAAAAUUUGAGCCCAUGGAUCAAAUAUAUCGUUCCAUUGUACACGAAGCAGCAGAGGCACAAAAUUUACUAUCAUUCGCCUUUGGAACUGACGGCGUUGACCGAUACAUUCGAGUAUAUAGAAAAGACCAUCCGCCGUGUGAAGACGAAAUAAAUGCGAGACGUAGAGGCGAGCCUUGGAAUGAACAAAUCAAACAACAACUUGAAAAAAAUAGGGAACUACAAAAAUUGGAGGAUAUAGAAUCGUCAAAAAAACCCAAGAAAAUUAUUCCCAACAGCAAUUAUAAAGACAAAUAUGCCCAUUUGAUUGGUCAGGAUGCUGCUUUAGAAGCUGCUAAAAAAACUGAGUCAAAUAAAUCUUACGGCUUUGUUCCAAGUGAAAAUAAAAGAGAUCAUCGUUCCAUCGAGCAGACUCUAGCAGAUAUUAAAGCGAAAAAGAGGAAAAUUCAAGAAGGCGGUCCAGAUGAAGUAAUUUAGUU